AUGGAGGUCAGCGCAGCUCCUCCUGCGUACGAGCAGGAUAAGAUUGCUCCACGCAAUGACGAGCCUCAGUGCGAAGAGGAUGGAGUCACCAAGUCCGGCGAGGUUCACGAUGCUUUUGGUAACGAGGAAUAUGCCGAGAUCAAGUAUAAAACCUUGAAGUGGUGGCAAUGCGGUCUGCUUAUGAUCUGUGAAUCGGUCUCACUGGGUGUGUUGUCACUACCCUCGGCUAUCGCUACCCUGGGAUUUGUCCCAGGUGUCAUCCUCAUUAUCGGAUUCGGUGUUCUCGCGUUAUACACUGGAUAUAACAUUGGCCUUUUCCGUGAACGUUAUCCACACAUCCAAAACCUGGGUGAUGCCGGCGAGAUUCUCCUCGGCAGCUUCGGUCGCGAGCUCUUCGGCAUCGGACAGUUCCUCUUCUUUGUCUUCGUCAUGGCUAGCCAUCUCCUCACAUUCCGCGUCAUGAUGAACUCCCUCACCGACCACGGAACCUGCUCUAUCGUUUUUAGUGUCGUCGGUCUGGUUCUUUCUCUCGUCCUCUCCAUUCCCCGCACCAUGAAGGGUAUGACUUGGAUCUCGCUGGCGUCGUUCUUCAGUAUUCUCAGCGCCGUUGUGAUCACCAUGAUUGCCGUGGGUGUUGAAAGCCACCCCGGUCGUGUCAUUCAGGCUACCGUGGAGACCAAUCUGUACACAGCCUUCCAGGCCGUCUCCAACAUCGUUUUCGCCUACUGCGCUCACGUUGCGUUCUUUGGUCUGAUCGCCGAGAUGGAGACCCCGAGCGACUUCAAGAAGUCCCUCUUCAUGCUCCAGACAUUUGAAAUCUCCCUCUAUCUGACUAGCGCCGUUGUUAUCUACUACUAUGUCGGCACCGAUGUCCACUCUCCCGCCCUCACGUCCGCCGGUCCCCUCAUGAGCAAGAUCGCUUACGGAAUCGCCAUUCCGACAAUUGUUGGUGCUGGUGUCGUCAAUGGUCACAUUGGUCUAAAGUACCUCUACUUCCGUCUCUGUGCCAAGUCCGGUCUGAUGCAUCAGCGCAAUAAGCGCUCCAUCGGUCUCUGGAUUGGCCUUGGUGUCGUUUUCUGGAUCGUUGCUUGGAUCAUUUGUGAGGCCAUCCCUGUCUUCAGUGACCUGAACAGUAUGAUCAGCGCGCUUUUCGCAUCUUGGUUCAGCUACGGCCUUUCCGGUAUUUACUGGCUUCACCUUAACUACGGUCAGUGGUUUGCCAGUCCGCGCAAAAUCUUCCUUUUCGUUGUCAACGUCGGCAUUGCCCUUUUGGGUUUGGUACUGUGUGUCCUCGGGAUGUACGCUUCUGGAAUGGCUAUCCACAACGAUAGCAACAGCAACAGCUUCACCUGCGCCAACACCGACGGUUGA